AUGGUUCCCAGGGUGCCGACUGCACCACCUCCAACCUCACAACCUCCGCCACGUGAUCCGUCCGCCAACUCGAAGACUUCCAUCGCCCACUCCUCGUCGCACGAGGCCGACGAUGAGCGGACGCCGUCAGAAGCUUCCAGCAUGGGCCCCGAUGCUGAUGCGGAAGACCGCGUUGCGCGUCUUUACCCGGACGAAGACGCGCGCUUGACCAGUAAGAAAGAGCUGUCCGGGUUCUACGUCUACGGCUGGGCCGCUGAGGUGUUUGUCGUUUGCGGAGUCGGCUCCUUCAUCCCCAUCACCCUAGAGCAGCUUGCGCGGGAACGCGGCGUGCUGCUGUCAGAUAAGUCGACGCCAUGUGGAAGCAGCUUCGACGCCCCUGUGCCGCCAAACAUGAACCACACGUCGAUAGCAGCAAACGCAACCUCAGCUCUGCUGUCUAGAACAUCUUACGAUGCCGAUGCAGGCCAAUGCGUUGUUAACAUUCUUGGACUGGACGUCAAUACCGCCAGUUUUGCCAUGUACACCUUCUCACUCAGUGUCCUCAUCCAAGCUUUGCUCAUCAUCUCCAUGUCAGGCGCGGCGGAUCAUGGCCGGUACCGAAAGACAUUUCUACUGGCAUUUGCAUUCAUUGGCUCGAUCACCACCAUGCUUUUCCUUCCUAUCGUUCCGCGAGUCUACAUUUUGGGUGCAGUGCUCGCAAUUAUAGCCAACACGUGUUUUGGCGCGUCUUUCGUCUUACUAAACUCCUUUCUACCUCUGCUGGUCCGCCACCAUCCUACAGUUCAGUAUGCAGUUCAGCACCCGCCGGCACCUGAGGAUGGAGAUCGACAUCAAUCACCCGUCGAUGAAGACACUAUGCUGGAUGAUAUCACCGACUCGACAGCAGCGUUACUCGGCGGCGGUUCUGGAGCGGAUCUGACUUCCCCAACCCGACAAUCUCCUGCAGCACCUUCGCGAGAACUACAACUUUCCACGAAGAUCUCAUCUUACGGCAUCGGCAUUGGAUAUGUAGCCGCAGUCAUAGUGCAAGCCCUGUCCAUCUUCAUCAUAAUCUCUACUGGAUCGUCAACAUUUUCUCUCCGCCUGGCUCUGUUCGUCAUCGGCGCGUGGUGGUUCGUAUUCACGAUUCCAGCAGCCUUCUGGCUCCGGCCUCGACCAGGCCCACCACUCAGUAUAAGUCACGCCAACAGCAAAGCUCGAACAUGCUUUGCCUAUUUUUCGUACUCGUGGAAGGCACUUGGGAAGACGAUCAGACACGCGCGACAGCUGAAGGAUAUGCUGCUCUUUCUCGGCGCCUGGUUCCUGCUCAGCGACGGCAUCGCUACUAUUAGUGGCACUGCGGUUCUCUUCGCAAAGACAUCCCUCGAAAUGAAGCCCGCAGCUCUCGCUUUUAUAAAUGUCAUCUCGAUGCUCUCAGGCGUUGUCGGCGCCUUCACAUGGAGCAGGCUCUCCGCCAUGAUGGGCCUGAAGCCCACACAGACCAUCCUGGCUUGCAUCUGCCUCUUCGAGCUGAUACCGCUGUAUGGGCUACUCGGCUACAUUCCGGCGGUACGCCGCUACGGCGCGUUUGGCUUGCAACAGCCCUGGGAAAUGUACCCGCUUGGAGCUGUCUACGGCUUCGUCCUCGGCGGGCUCUCGUCGUACUGUCGGAGCUUGUUUGGCGAGCUGAUCCCGCCGGGGUCUGAGGCGGCGUUUUAUGCGCUGUAUGCGAUCACCGAUAAGGGGUCUAGCAUUUUUGGACCGGCUAUCGUAGGAGCGAUUACGGAUGCUACGGGGGAGAUUAGGCCUGCGUUUUGGUUCCUCGCUGUCCUUGUCGGCUUGCCCUUCCCUUUGAUGUUGAUGGUCAACGUUGAGCGGGGCAGAGCGGACGGUAUAGCCAUGUCGAAAGAGCUGAAUGACGGGAAAAGUACAGGCGUGCAAAGAGACAGGGCUAGAAGCAGUGACAGCGAGCGUUCAGUAGAGGACGAAGCGUUGGAUUCGGACUCUGGUAUUAUUCGCGGGAGCCACGAUGGUCGCUAA